UGAAACUAAGCGACUUUUUCUUUUUCAGUGAAAAGUUAGAGAUCUGUCUUGAAUUUAAUAAAGCAUUUAGUUGGAAAGUUUGAGGCAGGAUGCUGCUACUGUUGUACCUGCUCCUUCUCGGGGGAGCGUCCAGCUCAACUGUACCAUCAACGACGAUAAUUGUACCAUCAAUGACGUACCCUCCUGAGUUCAACACGUGCUCCAAGACUCCUGUAAACGUCCAGUUCCACUCUUUCAUUGCCGGUAAUGUGGUGUACAAGCGGCAAGUUGUGAGCGCUGAUGAUCAACUCUGCAUGUCGUCGGUGGCUGUGAAGCUCAACACCACCAAGUUCUCUGACUGCGCAAAGAUCGCGGCUUCUGAAGCGUUCAAUUCGUUUUACUUUGACGAUCAAAAUGAGUGUUGGGCUUCGAACUACUGGGUGUCUGAGGCAACAGUGGCGUGCUCAGGCCAGGGUGUGGUCGUCUACUUCUCGGAUGUCAGGCUGUCUAAUUUCACCUUGCCUACUCCUACAAUUACCGAGUUUACUGUCACUGACCCGAAACUUGGAGAAUCGUUCACCGUCAACUACGUUGCCCCUUGCUCGAAGUUCUUCAACUUUACUCUCAAUUAUGGAAGCGAAAACCUUGGGCUUGUGAUGUCUGGCCAAGUUAUUCCAUACGAUGUACCUCCCUGCACAACAAUGACUUUCACCCUAACACCUUCCUUUGGAGAGACAUCAGGGGCGCCUGUGAACGCAGAUUGCAUUACACCUGAUGUUCCAGACGUGGACAAUCUCAGCAUCGACACCUUUGUGUUUACCACGUCCUUCGUGGUGCACUUCACACCUACAUGUCCUGAAGUUUUCACCUACAACUUGUUGAAGGACGGUUCUUCCGUCCAACCUGAUGUGCAACCAGACGCAUCGGUCUCGUUCGCCGUACAGCCAUGCACCACGUACUCCACCUUCACUCUGCAACCUGUGAACCCGAACGGGACAAAUGCCGGAACUGCAAUUCCUGUUCCUACCGUGACAACUCCUAAAUUGUUGGUAUUGAAUGCUGCCACGGUUGUCAAUGUAACGAUGGCUGAAGGACUCAAAAUACAUGUGGACAUGUACGACCCUUGCUCACUUGUUAGCGGCAUCGAGGUCCGCACGCCCAGCUCAUCCGCAACACCCAUCAUCCAUCAUCCUUCGUCUCUUGACAUCGUCGUCAGUUGUUCACAGACGGACGACUUCAGUUCGUUCACAGUCACUCUUCUGACAACCGAACCAUACACUCCGGUGCAAACCAAGACCGUCUCCAACGUCGAUAAUCUGUUAGAUGGCAUGACCAUCACUCCAUUUCCGGCUGUGGGCAAGUGCUACGCAUAUGAAGAAACUAAUGUCACUCAAACCGCGGCCAAAACCAAAUGCGAGAACCACUGCUUGAGACUGAUCAACUCUCGGGAAAUGUACUUGCUCUACCGCAACAUUCCGGCGUCUAAUCGCUCGCAAUCCCGGGCGCUGUCUCGGCGCGCCUCCUUCAAGCUGGAUAAGGAGAAACUGGAGCAGCUGGAGCCUGGCGAGCUGGUGUGGCUCGGCCAGCACUACAUGGAGGCUCACGAUGAGGCCAGGAAAGAGAUCAAAGAACUCGAGCGUGGGCCCUUCGAUAUGAUCAAGCGCGGGCCCUUCGAUAUGAUCAAGCGCGGGCCCUUCGCUACGAUCAAGCGCGGGCCUUUCGCUACGAUCAAGCGCGGGCCCUUCGCUACGAUCAAGCGCGGGCCCUUUGAUAUGAUCAAGCGCGGGUCCUUCGAUAUGAUCAGGUAA